CGUCUUCUUUCUCGCUCGCCAUCGCCAGGCUCGAUAUCGCCAUCUCGGCGUCCGGCCUGCUGUUCUUCUGUUUCUUGGAUUUGUCCUCUGUUGUACCUCCACUUCUCUUUGUCUUUUGGUCGGGGUUAGGUUUAGGGUUAGGGUUUCGUAGAGGAAGAGGUCUUGCUCUAGGGUUACUCCUCCUCGUCUUCUCUAGGGUUUCUCUGGCCAUGGCCACCGCCGAGAUCGAGGCGGCUAUCAAGUCGAUCCCGGAGAAGAAGGAGAGCCUCCGAAAGGCCUUGGAGGCCCUCAGAUCCUACUCCUUCGCCUCUUUCACCGUCGAGUGGAAGGACCUCGACGACCACAUCUCCGCCAUCGAGAAGUCCCUCCAGGAACGCUUCAAGGAUCUCCAGGCCAAGGAGCCCCCAAGAGCCGCCGGAGCCGCUUCCUCCCCGCCGGAGGCGAAGACGACUCCAGCGGCGGCGGAGGAGCCCGAGGCCACUCCGCGGCCGGAGCUCAAAUCCCUGUGCGUCGCGAUGGACUCUCGGGGUCUGAGGUCGUUCCUCAGCGAGAGACGGAAGGAUUUCAGUGCCGUCCGGAACGAGCUAACCCCGGCCAUCCGAGCGGCCUCCGAUCCGGCCAAGCUGGUUUUGGAUGCCAUGGAGGGCUUUUACCCUCCGAAAUCCAAAGGCGAGAAGGAUGGGGAGACGCAGAUGAUUAGGAAGGCUUGUGUCAAUCUUUUGGAGCGUGUUCAGGUGAUCGCUCCGGAGAUCAAGCCUGCGGUUAGGGUGCAGGCGAAGAAACUGGCGAUGGAAUGGAAGGGGAAGAUGGCUGAUAGCGGGGGAGAGAAUGGCUUAGAGGCUAUGGGUUUGCUGCAGCUCAUUGUGUCAUACAGUUUGGUCUCAGAAUUUGAGGUUGAUGAGAUUUUGGAUCUCCUUGUCAUAGCCUGUCGAAGGAAGCAGACUGUACAUCUGUGUAAGAGCCUCGGGUUCACAGAGCGCAUACCUGAUCUUAUUCAGAAACUGAACAGUAGGGGAAAGCAACUUGACUCAGUAAAAUUUGUUUAUGCUUUUCAAUUUGGUGGAGAAAUGUCCACCAGUACCCCUUCUGAAAGCCUAUGUAAUGGAAUCCAAAAAGGCCGCUCAAGAAAUACGGAAGAAGGGAAACAAUUCGAAUCAAUCACAGAAUGAGGCAAUCUCGAAAGAACUUGGUGCUUUGAAAUCGGUGCUCAAAGCUGUUGAGGAGUAUAAGCUGGAGGCUGUGUAUCCGUGUGAAAAUCUGGAGAAACAGAUUGCCAAAUUGGAGAAACUGAAAGCAGACAGGAAGCGCAAGGCGGCAGCCUGCAUCAAAUUCGAAGACUCAGCAGCAACCUAAUAAACGUCCUCGGCAAUUUAGCACUUCAAAACCCGCUGUUGCUGUGCAUACUCUGCUGCCAGCAAUUCAAAAUCAACCUCAGCUUGGAUUGGCUGACCGGGCGCCAUAUAUGGGUCUUGGUGGAUCUUAUAGCCUUGCUGGGACUGGUUCUCUCUACAAACCAUGCUGGUCAAAAUGUAUCUGGAGCUCCAAUUGGCCUAAGGUGGACUUCGAAGUCCUCCUAGAUCAUAUCUCUAUCCAUCAGAUUCUGUUGUUGGUUCUGGUGGGUUGUAUGAUAGGCCAGUAAACUAUACUGGUUACCCUGCUUCGGGUCUGCCUCCAUCUUAUGGUUCAUCACUUUACCCGCAGUAGGUUGUCAGUAUCUGGUCCCUUCUGGUCUAUAAAUCUAGGUUAACCAAAUAUACCCAUUAUGAUACAGUUUGUUUUUUGUUUGUUGUUAUGGAAACUAUGGUGUAAUAGUUUUUAUCUUGUUGAUGUUAUUUAAUUAGUGACUUCUCAUUCGAGAAAUUUCAGUGUCCACUAUUAUGUGCUGAGGCUCUGAUAUGUCUAGUUAUAAUCAUCAUUCACAACUUGCCUACUA